GAAUGUGGUGAAGUCAUAUAUUUCAGACCAGGGUGUUUGCCGUAUUUACCUUGGCAACCUGCAAAGUGCACAGUGUACUGUGCUGAAGGGAUUAGAUAAGAGUGGGAGGAGAGCGGUGCAAGACAAGACAAGUGGACCAUUACAUACCUGAAUACGUCAAUACAAAGAACAAAAUGGCAAACAAGGGCCCGUCGUAUGGUCUUACCCGCGAAGUGCAGAACAAGAUUGACAAGAAAUAUGACCCAGAGCUGGAGGAAAUACUGGUGGAGUGGAUCAUAGCCCAGUGUGGACCCAAUGUGGGUCGGCCAGAGUCGGGCAGACCUGGCUUCCAAGAGUGGCUGAAGAAUGGAUGUGUGCUGAGUGAGCUCAUUAACAGCUUGAGUGCCCCCAACAAGCCAAUAAAGAACAUCAAGCGCUCCGGAAUGGCCUUUGCUCAAAUGGAGCAAAUCUCACUGUUCCUCACCGCAGCGGAGAAAUACGGAGUCACCAAAACAGACAUAUUCCAGACAGUUGACCUCUAUGAAAGUAAGACUACUUUAUCUCUUGGUUUUUUUUUUGUGGUGUGUCUUAUUCAUUUGAUUAUUCAUCUCCAAGGCAAGGAUAUGGCAGCUGUCCAAAGGACCUUGGCGGCUCUGGGUAGUUUGGCUGUCACAAAGAAUGAUGGGAACUACAAAGGAGACCCCAGCUGGUUUCAUAAGAAAGCCCAAGAGAACAGGAGGGAUUUUUCUGACGAGCAGCUGAGCGAAGGCAGGAACGUCAUCGGCCUGCAAAUGGGCACAAAUAAGUUGGCGUCCCAAGCUGGCAUGACUGGUUACGGGAGACCCAGACAGAUCAUCAACAACAACCCAUAAAACUCAUAAAAAAGGUUUUGAGGCUGCCUCUGCUCGGUGAAAAACGGAGAAACUCUUCGACGAAUGUGACCCGUCUGUUUUUUUCAGACCAAACUGGACCAAAAUGGGGACCAAAGCAACCACGUGCACAUAAAUCAUCUAAAUAGAGAUGUUUCCUUGCCAGUUAAGCAUUUUGAUUAACAUCUUACCUGCUAAAGUGCGUAUUUUGCAAGUUUCAUUAGGAAAAUGUUAAACUACGGCUGAAUUACGUUCAAGUUUAGACAGUUGAGGGCUACUAUACUACUACAAAUGAUGCGUUCAAAGAAACUCCGGCAGUGUUAACAGCUGCAAACAUUUAUAGCUGAAUUCCAAUGGGAUUUCUUGAAACAAAGCCACAGAAACCAAACAGAUGAUCAUUGUUUCAUUUCUGCUUUCAAUACUUUUUAUAAUCACACUGAUGGUCCUAUUGUUGUAAUGCAUUUAGUUUGAAAUUGAUUUGAAAAUAAAGUUAUUUUUUAAACUUC